AAUCGUUCACCACCUUAACCCGCCAUUAUUUGGAAGGUUCAUACCAUACCUUCGGCCGAAAACCCCGAUUGUACACAAGAAAAUAUAUACACACCAUGCGAUUCUCCGCCUCAACCCUCCUGAUCGCCGCGCUAGGGUGGAUCACCGCUGUGACCGCACACACCAUCCAGCUUAAGGCUCAUUCGAGAGAAUGCUACCACGAGUCGCUACACAAGGAUGAUAAGAUGACGGUCAGCUUCCAGGUUGGUGACCGGGAGUUUGGGGGCAGCGGCAAUUUGGAGAUCGAUUUUUGGGUCGAGGAUCCCUUGAAUCACCGCCAGUACUAUAAACAAGCUAUCUCAUCCGAGGACUACUCGUUUGUUGCCCACUCCGACGGCAAAUAUGUUUAUUGCUUCAGCAAUGAGGGAUGGACUUCGAACUCAAAGGAGGUAUCCUUCAAUGUCCAUGGAAUCGUCUACGUCCCGGAAUCGGAAAUGCCACAGGAUCCUUUAGAGGUGGAAGUCCGUCGUCUUUCGGAUGCUUUGGCCCAGGUUAAGGAUGAGCAGUCCUACAUUGUGCUGAGAGAGCGUGUACACCGGAAUACUGCCGAGAGCACAAACGCUAGAGUGAAGUGGUGGAGUAUGUUCCAGCUUGCGGUGCUUAUCGGAGAGGGUAUUUUCCAGGUGUGGUGGUUGAAGAGAUUCUUUGAGGUCAAACGCGUGGUUUAAUUUACGUUUACGGGCAUUUUGUAGGGGGGUGUUCUAGACAUUUCGUACAAUGAAGCGUGACCUAUACCAAAAUGGACGACUUCGAAUAUGCCGUAGUAUGAAUUUAUGUGUACAGACGCGAGUAUAUUUAUUUAGUCAGCCACAAUUCAUUUGAUAAAAAACUACCUCCUAUUUAAGGCCAAUCGGGAGGUCCCGUAGCGGGAUUCAAGGUAGAUCCUAGACCUCUCUCUGACCAAAUAUUUUACCAGAGGUAGCCUUAU